AUGGGUGUUCAAACCGUUGAGUUCAAACCCUUCCAGGACCAGAAGCCCGGAACUUCUGGUCUUCGAAAGAAGGUCGUUGUCUUCCAACAGCCUCACUACAGCGAGGCCUUCAUUACCAGCAUCCUGCUGUCCAUCCCUGAGGGUGUUGAGGGCUCCAACCUCGUCAUUGGUGGUGACGGUCGCUACUUCAACCCCGAGGCUAUCCAGCUCAUUGCCAAGAUUGGUGCCGCAUACGGAGUCAAGAAGCUCAUCAUCGGCCAGAACGGUAUCCUCUCUACUCCCGCUGCCAGCCAUGUCAUCCGCAUCCGUAAGGCUACUGGAGGCAUCCUCCUGACUGCCAGCCACAACCCUGGUGGCCCCAAGAACGACUUCGGUAUCAAGUACAACCUCGCCAACGGUGGCCCAGCCCCCGAGUCCGUUACCAACAAGAUUUACGAGUUCUCCAAGACUUUGACCUCAUACAAGAUUGCCGAUAUCCCUGAUGUCGACAUCACCACUGUUGGCACUCAGACCUACGGCGCCCUCGAGGUCGAGGUUAUCGACAGCACUGCCGACUACGUCGCCAUGCUCAAGGACAUCUUCGACUUUGACCUGAUCAAGAAGUUCUUCUCCAGCCACCCCGACUUCAAGGUCCUCUUCGACGGUCUCCACGGUGUCACUGGUCCCUACGGAAAGGCCAUCUUCGAGCAGGAGCUUGGACUGAGCAACUCCACACAGAACUGUAUCCCUAGCCCCGACUUCAACGGUGGCCACCCCGACCCUAACCUUACCUACGCCCACUCUCUGGUCGAGGUUGUCGACAAGCACAACAUUCCCUUCGGUGCCGCUUCCGACGGUGAUGGUGACCGAAACAUGAUUUACGGUGCUAACGCUUUCGUUUCCCCUGGUGACUCCCUCGCCAUCAUCGCCCACUACGCCCACCUCAUUCCUUACUUCAAGAAGAACGGUGUCAACGGUCUCGCUCGCUCUAUGCCCACUAGCGGUGCCGUCGACCUCGUCGCCAAGGCCCAGGGUCUCGACUGCUACGAGGUGCCCACCGGCUGGAAGUUCUUCUGCGCUCUCUUCGACGCCAAGAAGCUCUCCAUCUGCGGCGAGGAGAGUUUCGGUACUGGCAGUGACCACAUUCGCGAGAAGGAUGGUCUGUGGGCUGUUAUCGCUUGGCUCAACAUCAUUGCUGGUGUUGGUGUCCAGAACCCCGAGGUCACCCCCUCAAUCAAGGAGAUCCAGAAGGAGUUCUGGACCAAGUACGGACGUACUUUCUUCACCCGUUACGACUACGAGGAUGUCGACUCAGAGGGUGCCAACAAGGUUGUUGGCGAGCUAGAGAAGCUUGUUGCUGACUCUAACUUCGUCGGUAGCACUAUCAAGGGACGAAAGGUUACCAAGGCUGGCAACUUCUCAUACACCGAUCUCGACGGCUCUGUUGCCUCCAAGCAGGGUUUGUACGCCGGCUUCUCCUCUGGCAGCCGUAUCGUUGUCCGACUCUCUGGUACUGGCUCAUCUGGAGCUACCAUCCGCCUGUACAUUGAGCAGCACACUAGCGACCCCUCAAAGUACGAGCUUGAUGCUCAAGACUUCCUGAAGGAGGAGGUCAAGUUUGCCACUGAGCUCCUCAAGUUCAAGGAGCACGUCGGCCGUGACGAGCCCGAUGUCAAGACCUAA